CAUGGAGCACGUCUCACUCUGUAUGGGCCUGUGCUUCUCUUCCCAUCUUCACUGUACUGACAAUGGUUCAGGUAAAGCGUCCCGAGCUCCUUCAUCCAUACUAUGUCGCUCCGCGGUGGUCUGGGCAAGGAAACUAUAGGUGCGUGUCCGCGCAAUCGAGCCUUCUGCAGAGCUGAAGCUUACAGCUGCGGCUAUAGCAGUGCCUCAGCUUACAGUGCCAGUCCGGAGCGGCCUCCAACUUCAGGAUCUAGUGCGUCUGGAGACACAUUGCCACACGCCGUCAGCAGAUGGGGAGCGGGGGAAACGGCCAUCGGUACCACAUACACGAGGUAUUCGACGCCACCACAAGACAACGCUCCAUUUCGCGAGUACAACCCAUUGAAGCGUCCAAGACCCGACGAGGACGCGUCAUAUGUCAGUUACGAUACACGACUUGCCCACCACACACCACCACCACCCAAGAGAGUGAGGACAAGCGCCUCGCCAGCUCCCUCUGAGGAUUCGAUGGUUUCUGAUUCUUCAUCGUCUCGUUGUCCCGAAGUUGUCUCCCUGCAUGGUGGUUGUGUCGUCUCAUCGAAGAAUCCCGUGGAUGUAGGAGACGCGCAGUCGAUCAUUGCCUACAACACGCUGCGACCGCCACCUACACGCCUGGCAUCCAUGGCAUCCAUGACCUCCUUCACCUUGGACUCCGCGCGUGCGAUGGACACUAUCCACGACCUUGCAGCCCAGCGUCAGUCACUGGCGAGGCCACGUGCGACGCCAUCUUCAUCUCUGAGCGCUGGACAGUCGCCAGCAUCCGCGUUCGGGGCCCCGCCAGCCAUCGCGGAGAAGGCGUCGAGGCUAUCCUCGGGUCACUCUGUCGAGUCGAGUGCUUCCCUUGGGAUGCAGCAGUCGUCACCAUCUGGGUCUGAGCGCCAUAGGUCAGUUACGCCUCCGGAGGCAUCGGUGGCGCCGACGAUACCCGUAUUCGACAUACCGACUAUGUCGCCUACGGCAACGACAUGGACGUUCCAGGUCCCGCCUCCCGAGUUUCCGCCUCCUGAAGUACCGCCUCCCCAGAUACCGCCUCUCACAUAUGUGGUCACAACGCCUGCGCACGUGCUGGCUACACUCCCAUCUCCUUACGCUCCGCCCAACGCAUCGAUGUUCAACAUGGAUUCGUACGAGGACCUCGGCCAGGGGCAACAUCGAAUCAAGUUCAAGCCUUGCAAGCGGUGGCUCGCUGAUACCGCGCGGCGAAAGGAUACGGACGAGCCGCCCAUGACGAUGCUGCGUUUCACUCCUCCACCGCCUCCUCCGCCACGGAAACCCAAGCCCGCGCCCCCUCCCAAAGUCAAGACGGAAGCUAGCGACGCUCAACUUUCCGAUCCCUUAGCGGACGAUCGGCCCCCGAAAGAGUCGGUCGCGCAGAUCGCAGUGGGCGCGGGGGUGAAGUACCAUUUGACCAAGAUCAAGUGUCUGUGGCCGGACUGCUCGGCCCACGAAUUCGCCGGGGAGCUAUGGCAUCAUAUCAAGGAUGUGCACAGGAAGAACGCUGGGCGGCCGAAACCCAGCGGGAACCCGAUCCUCCUUUGCAGCUGGGCCCCACCAGGGGAGCCCCGCGACAACCGGUGUACGCACCGGGACCGCGCAUCGAGGAUGUGGGACCACUUCAUUGCGAUGCACCAGAAGGAGUCGGUGUGCAAGGAGACGGGCGAGAUCGUGUGUCGGGUGGGGCAGUGCGCUGCGAGGUCGAAGAACCUCGACUUCCAGCGGCAUCUGGAGGAUGUCCACUGGAAGCUGGAGGGUACUGUGCGGUGGUGCGAGGGGUGCGGGGUGUGGAAGCGGUUCGACAAGGGGCGGCUGUUGAAGCACUUUGAGACGUGCGUGCGUAAGUACAUGGAAAACGAUCCUGGAUUCCGGCAGGGACUGGAAGAGUUGUAAUCUUGAGAAAUGUACAUGCACUAAGUCAUACGUUGUAAGCUUUGUCGAUAUACCUAGUCAUGCGCGCAAUGCUCAACCUAUGUUAUUCUGACUGA